AUGGAGUUCGUGAUGAAACAGGCCCUGGGAGGGGCCACCAAGGACAUGGGCAAGAUGCUUGGGGGCGACGAGGAGAAGGACCCUGACGCCGCCAAGAAGGAGGAGGAGCGGCAGGAGGCUUUGCGGCAGGAGGAGGAGGAGCGCAAGGCCAAGUACGCCAAGAUGGAGGCGGAGCGCGAGGCCAUGCGGCAGGGCAUCCGCGACAAGUACGGCAUCAAGAAGAAGGAGGAGCGCGAGGCCGAGGCUCAGGCCGCCCUGGAGGCCAACUCGGAGGGCAGCCUGACGAGGCCCAAGAAAGCCAUCCCGCCAGGCUGCGGGGACGCGGCGGAGGAGGAGGACGAGAGCAUCCUGGACACGGUCAUCAAGUACCUGCCCGGGCCGCUGCAGGACAUUUUCAAGAAGUAG